AUGCAAGAUAUCUUCACACCAGAGGGCAACACCUGCCCAUCCAUUGUGUUUGAUUGCGGUGCCUACCAUACCCGAGCGGGGUACGGGGGGAGCUUCAGUCCUCGUCUAGAUAUUCCCACACUAGUGGGCUACCCGCGGCACCGUGGCGUCGCGAUGGCCGCUGGGAUGAACGAACUCGAGGUGGGCGAAUCUGCCUUAUCGAAGCGUGGGAUGCUUUCGGUCUGCCAUCCGAUCGAAGACGGCCUCAUCACGAACUGGAAUGCGAUGGAAGGGUUCUGGAGUGAUCUCCUUUACUCCCAGCUCCGAGCCACCCCGGAAAGUCACGCGUUUCUCACCACGCAGCCCGUUAACACCCCAUCCAGCCAACGGGAGGGUGUGCUGGAGCUGCUGAUGGAGACCUUUCACGUGCACUCGCUCUACCUGGGCACCUCUCAGGUGCUCAGUCUCUAUGCCUAUGGCCUCACAACAGGGGUGGUGGUGGAUAGCGGGCUCGAUCGAACCUUGGCGGUGCCGAUCCACGAAGGUCAUCCAAUGGGGCGCCACGUUACGGAGAGCCGUGUUGCGGGUGCGCUUCUUACGAACUACCUCGGUAGCUUAUUAAGGGAUGAAGGCUAUAGUCUAAGCACGGCGGUGGAGCGGACGCUGCUGAAUCAGGCAAAGGAGGACCUCUGCUAUGUCCGACGCCCACAGUGGCUGGAUAAAUGGGCGCAGGAGGCCCCCGAAACGGAAGCGUUCUCGAAUGGAAACUUUGGUUCUUUUGAUUACAUUCAAAAUAAGUCGGAGCCUGGACAAAGCUCGAGUAACGUUGAGAUGGUUAGUGAUGAGGUCGAGGAAAUAGCGUUUGAGCUUCCAGAUGGGCAGUCCAUCCCUCUGCAUCACCAUCGGCAUCGUACGCCCGAGGUUCUCUUUGACUUUUCCAUACUUGAAGGCAAGAAUUGGUUGGAAAACAAAAGCUCGCAGAGUCAAGCUGAUGAAGAUAAUCGUCGCAAAGCAAAUAUGGGGGACCCAUCGUGUAUCCCGUUGGAUAGCUAUGAGCCCCCUUACAAAGUCCGAAUUGAGCUUGGUGAAUGGUUUACGCCAUCGUUUCCAAAAGGCAUCACGUGGCUUCCCUUCUCAGCGAUCCACAAGUGCGACCAGUCCCUUCAGUCGCAGCUGUACGCCAACAUUGUUCUGGCGGGUAAUACACUCAACUUUCCAGGUACACGUGACCGCAUGAAAGAGGAGAUCAUCCAACUAUAUCGUGAGAAGCACUCUAGUGAGGCAGUGUUGCCGAUAGAUAUUAAAGAUAUGAAUUGCCGAGGCUAUAGUGCGUGGUUAGGGGCAUCGAUUCUAUCUCAGAUGAGCAUGUUUCCGCACAUGUCCAUUACAAGAAAGGAAUAUGAAGAAAACGGGCUGCGAGUCGUACACUAUAAGUGCUAA